AUGCUUCCCGAACCGUCUCUGAGCUUCACGCUCCCUAGCCUCCACGAUGACACCGUCUUGGACUGCCGUUUGUAUCAUUGCCAGGCACUGAACCCCUCCGCAUCGAACCCGCCGCCAUGGAGACGACACGCUGCCGUUGUCGCACAUCCCUAUGCGCCCUUGGGCGGUUCCUAUGACGACCCUGUCGUCGACAUCGUUGCCGCCACACUACUGCGACAAGGCUUCCUAGUGGGGACUUUCAACUUCAGGGGCGCUUCCGGAUCAGCAGGUCGUACCUCAUGGACGGCAAAGCCAGAACGCAGCGACUACAUGUCAUUCAUUGGCUUCAUGGUCUACUACAUGCACUUCCUCGAUCCCUACGGAUCGGCCAGUGCCCGCUCGCCGACAACGACCCUGUCCCCAGGCCUCCCCGACGCCCAAUCGAAGCCUCCUUCUUACCAACCCCUCCUCCUCAUCGGCGGUUAUUCAUACGGAGCCAUGGUGACGACGCAGAUUCCACCGAUGGCGCACAUUCUCGCACAGUUCAAGGUGCCUGCAGCUGGCUCCGCGGCUGCUGACAUCCGUCUUCGAGCGCAACACCUGGCAGAGCAGCAGAACGUCAUCUUGGCGAGCGCUAGAGCUGCGAGUUCCGUAUCACCGCGAAAGAAAUACCUUGGCAUGCGAGUCGGGGGCGAUGAAGAUACUCAGCGCAAGAGUCACGAAGCUCGAAGAUCCAUGUCGGAAACGAGGAGAUCCUUUUCUAUUGACGCCGAGGAUAAGAUACGACGGGGCGUUAAUGAUUUACUGGCGAAAACGAAAAGACAUCAUCACAAGGGCGUGGCGGUGCCCCAGGAAAAAUUGGCUACUAUACCUUCGAACCAGGACGUUUCUGUUGUGGUGGAAGAGGUUCCGAAUCUGACCCAAGUCCGGCCGGCCUAUCUACUCGUAUCUCCGCUGCAGGGAGUCAUUACCCAUCUAGCAGCUAUGUCAUUCCUUCACACAACACCUGGUCGAGGACUGUUCUCGCGGGGUGGAGGAAGACCUAGAGAGCAGGGGGCGCCGACCUUUACGGCGGAUCAAAAACAUCAAAGUGAGAGCAAGCUGAUUGAAAAUGAUACCUUGGCAUUGUACGGCGACAGAGAUAUCUUCGUUCCCGUGGCCAAAUUGCGAGGGUGGGUGGAACGUCUGGAAGGGACCGACGGAUCCCAUUUCCAUGGCGAGGAGGUUUCGUCGGCUGGGCACUUUUGGACGGAAGGGAACGUGGCUUCCGUCCUCCGGGAUAAGGUCUCGGACUUUGCGGCGAAGCUAUUACAUGGGGACAACGAAGGUAGACCAGUCAGUGAACCGGCGUAG